GGGAAGAAAAGAAGACGAUAAUGGAGACUUCGACAGACGAGCAAAGAAACAGAUCAGAAGAAACAUCUGGUUUGUACUACAGCCCUUGCUAUUUCUUUGACCAGGUCAUCAAAUCUUUUCUUAAGUGCCUUGGUCAUGACUCCACAACCGAACAACCUCAACCUCAAUCUCAACAUCCUCCUCUGCAUGCAGAAAGAGAGAUGAAAUUCACUGAAGAGUUUGCAGUCAACGGGACAAAGUCAUCGAGAGGUAAUUUGAGAAGGCCACCAAGACCACCAAUAAGCUCUGGCGGAGGUGGUCAAAUAAACCAAUCUUCUUCUUAAUGUUAUCAUGUUUACAGGUCCAAAAAGACUACACUUGUUCAUCGUGUUGUAUGCUUAAUUUUCCGGGGCUUCAUCGUCGGUGGUUUUGUUCCUUGGUGAUUAGUUCAUGCCAAGGAAUCUGUAAGUUAGCAUUUAAUGCUAUAUUUCGACAUUAUCAUACUCGAAUACUUUCUUCCAGUUUAAAGUUAUUGCA